CUGUGGUAUUUUCCCCCUCAGCCAUCUCUCAUUUACCACCAGCUCCCAACAUCAGCCAGGUUUUUUGCUCACCCCUUACUGCUGUGGAUGCCGUACAGGCUGUGGAAGGUUCGGUUCCUUUGCACUGACCCUGCCUGUAAGCACACUCUGAGCAGUGGUGGUCUUCACAGGCGGGUCCGGCAGGUGCUUGAUAUUGACCGUUUUUACAACCUGGUCACAGAGACACUAAUAUGCUCAAAGUGCCGUCGGAGCUACCUGUCUUGGAAUAGGGAAAUUCUUGAGCAGCUGGACAUGGCCCAUCGCUCUGAGUUUAGAGUCAUCCUUACCCGCCGAUAUGCCUGUGACAUCAGGGUGAUACGCCUCUUGCGGGAACGAGGUCUGGGGAAUGGACCGGUCCGACUCAUUGGCCAGUUGAAAGAGAACCACAGUGAGGAGUGGCUGAAAAGGGUUGCGUGUUACACCCGAGCGUGUGCUGGCUUCAUCAGCAAAGGUUGCCUGUUGACACCGACCUUUGAAGAGCCUCCUAAACCUGUGGCCCUUCCUAGCUAUAAGUGGCUUUCAGUAGUGUACAGCCAAGAUAUACUUUACAGGUUGGAGGAUAUCAAGGCUAGUAUCACCUCCACUUAUGGCUCCAUCUUAAAACUUGAUUCAACCAGGAAGAUCACAAAGAAACUCUCAGGACCAGCAAAGGGCACUGCACAAUGGCUGACUUCAGUUGGCAAUGAGAUGGGUCAAGUUCUCAUCAGCGUCUUGACCGCUGGGGAGGGACCAGGUUUAGACCUGAUGGCUGGUGGCUUGGUUGACAGGUAUGAGGCUGCAGGAGUGGACCCCCCUGUUGCACUCUAUGUGGACUGUGGCUGCUGCAAGGAAGUGGGUGAGACCAAGUUAAAGGCCAGAUUCAGUGGAUGGCCUAACCUGAUCGUUCGCCUUGACAUCUGGCACUUUAUGCGACGUCUGGCUGUGGGAUGCACCACCGAUGCACACCAGCUGUACCCGACAUUCAUGGCUCGUAUGUCAGCAUGUAUUUUUGAGUGGGAUGCUGCUGACCUUAACAAAUUGAGAGAGGCAAAGAGGGCACAGCUUACAGGUCAUGGCUGGACAGCUCUGACUGAGAAGCAGCUGGAUCGGCAAAUAACAAAAGAAGAGUUAGAGCUACACUGCAGGAGGAGAACUCGUGGAUAA